ACCACAAUGCACUCGUGCAGCGUCGCUCCACCGCUCACAUCCGUUUGACUCGCUAUUUGUGUUGGAAAAAGGACUUUGUGAAACUGCAGCGAUGUCAGUCCAGGUUGUGGCAGCGAAAAUGGCAGAGGUCGAACUCAAAGACGUCCCCACCGGUAAAGACAUGCCGGCCGGUUCCCCGAUGACACCGACCUCGGAGGGCAAGCACCUCGCCAGGAGCGACCCGCACGAGGCCGGUUCCUCCGCAGCUGCUUCCCCGACAGGGGAGCUCUCCGCGAAAGCCGGGGAAGGCAGCCUGUGCUUGCUCACCCCGAACCCCGCUAAGAUGCCGCAGGCGUCGGCUAUGAAGCGCACGGACCCGCAGCAGAACGGCGGAGAGGCGUUUGUCAACCGGGACGGGACCGUCGCCGAAGCACCGCGGAUGAAAAAGAUCCAGUUUGCUGACCAGAAACAGGAGUUCAACAAGCGUCCCUCCAAGAUUGGCCGGCGCUCCCUGUCCCGCUCCAUCUCCCAGUCCUCCACAGACAGCUACAGCUCAGCGGCGUCAUACACGGACAGCUCCGACGAUGAGACGUCUCCUCGGGACAAACAGCAGAAGAACUCCAAGGGCAACGGAGACUUCUGCAUCAAAAACAUCAAACAGGCCGACUUUGGACGCAGAGAGAUCGAGAUUGCAGAGCAAGAGAUGCCAGCCCUCAUGGCUCUGAGGAAGCGAGCCCAGGGGGAGAAGCCCCUCGCUGGUGCCAAAGUGGUGGGCUGCACCCACAUCACUGCCCAGACAGCUGUGCUGAUGGAGACCCUGUCUGCUUUGGGCGCUCAGUGCAGAUGGGCAGCAUGCAACAUCUACUCCACCCAGAAUGAAGUGGCAGCUGCCCUGGCAGAGGGAGGUUUCAGUGUAUUUGCAUGGAAGGGUGAAUCAGAGGACGACUUCUGGUGGUGCAUUGAUCGCUGUGUCAACGUGGAAGGCUGGCAACCCAACAUGAUUUUGGAUGACGGCGGAGACCUGACUCACUGGAUCUAUAAAAAAUACCCAAACAUGUUCAAGAAGAUCAAGGGUAUCGUAGAGGAGAGUGUCACCGGUGUCCACAGGUUGUACCAGCUGUCCAAGGCAGGAAAACUGUGCGUCCCCGCCAUGAACGUCAACGACUCUGUGACCAAGCAGAAGUUUGACAACCUCUACUGCUGCAGGGAGUCCAUCUUAGACGGCCUGAAGAGGACCACUGAUGUCAUGUUUGGAGGCAAACAGGUGGUGGUGUGUGGAUACGGAGAGGUGGGAAAAGGCUGCUGCGCUGCCCUCAAAGCAAUGGGCUCCAUCGUCUACGUCACAGAGAUCGACCCCAUCUGUGCCUUGCAGGCGUGCAUGGACGGCUUCAGGCUGGUGAAACUGAACGAAGUCAUCAGACAAGUGGACAUCGUCAUCACCUGCACAGGCAAUAAGAACGUGGUGGUGAGAGAGUAUCUCGACCGCAUGAAGAAUGGCUGCAUUGUAUGCAACAUGGGACACUCCAACACCGAGAUUGAUGUGGCAAGCCUGCGGACUCCCGAGCUGACCUGGGAGAGAGUGCGCUCUCAGGUGGACCACGUCAUCUGGCCCGACGGCAAGAGGAUAGUGCUGCUGGCUGAGGGUCGCCUGCUGAACCUCAGCUGUUCCACUGUGCCCACUUUCGUGCUCUCCAUCACCGCCACUACCCAGGCUCUGGCUCUGAUAGAGCUGUACAACGCCCCAGAGGGACGCUACAAACAGGAUGUUUACCUGCUGCCCAAGAAGAUGGAUGAGUAUGUGGCCAGCCUACAUCUGCCCACGUUUGACGCACAUCUUACAGAGCUGAGUGACGAGCAGGCCAAGUAUCUGGGCUUGAACAAGAACGGGCCCUUCAAGCCAAACUACUAUAGGUAUUAAACCAGUGUUGGGGUUGGACUGAAGAAAUACAAAUACUCCGUGAAUGGCACAGACUCAUAGAGGGAGAGGAGGAGGACAGAAGGAAGGAUGGACAGAAAAGUCAACACACCUGCUUUAUAAUCUGGGGGGAAAGGGGAGGUGCUCUGGCUGAGCCCGGGGGGUGAAGGGUGGGCGGAGGGGCGUGGCUUACCCUGCACUUAUGGCAGUCGUUUUAUUUAUUCACGCUUGACAACCAUAAUGAAAACAUUAACUCUAACUCUGCCAUUCUCCUUUAGCUAGCUCCCUCGACAUCUUCCUCUUGAAGACGUUUGUACUUCCCUUCCACUCGUCAUUUCACCGCCACCACCAUUAUUAAUUUAGACGCUCAUUUGUGUGUCAAGUUGUAUGUAAAUCCUCCAUCCUCCGUUCCCAUUGCCAGAUCUUUUAUUGUUUAACUAUUAAAGAUGAAAUUAUUGAUGCUAAAAAGAUAUAUACUAUAUUAAAAAAAACAAAAAAACAAAAAAAAAACCUGAUUUAAAAAAAAAAAAAAAUCUGUGUGAAUGAAGAUGACCUUUGGAGAUUUAGUGAUGGACUUUUUUUUUUUCCUGUCCUUUUUUUUGUUGUCGUUGUUGUCUUUAUCUUUUCUACUUGUGAUCAUGUUUUUGUUUUUUCUCUUGUGUUAUAUUGAGAGGGUGGGGCUAGACCUAGUGGUGGGGGGGUUUAGGCGGGAUCUCAGGGUCCAAUCAUAUCAUGUCUUUUAUUUGAUCGUUUCAUUGAGAUUCACCGUUGUGUCUGUUUUUAAACUUUUUUUUUUUUUUUAUGCGUUCUGUCCCUCCUGAUCAGCCUGUAGUUUGUCGUACCCUUUUUCUUUUUUUUUUAUACAUAUAUAUAUGACUGGAUGGUGACUGGUUCUUGGCACUUCGUCACUCAAAAGCCGCAGUGAAACCAUCUCAUUGGCUGCUUCUUUCUUCCAGCUGCUCAUGUGGCACCAGUGUUGAAGUGAUGAAAAGUAUUUCAAGCUAGUGAGAGCUCACCUUUUCAUUUUCUUUCUGUCCCUUUACCAAGAAUGACUAUACUGUAUUAGAAGCAUGGCAGGUUGUCAGAUCAUUACAAGGGGUAUACUGUAUAUUUAGAUAUUUAUAUUGAAAUUAAGAUUUUUCUAUCUUUCUCUCUCCUGCGCCAUCUAAUACCAUACUUUUUGGAGAAAAAAAAAAAUCGACAUAUGUCAUAAAGAUAAGCAAUUAAAUGUUCUAAUGAUAAGUGUAAUAAAUGUACUUAAACCCUAAUUUUGAAUACUGUGACAGAGAAUAUUAACAGAGAUACCAAAUGCGCAGCAAGUUGCUGCCAGGCUGGUACUUAAGCAGAUAUCAUCAAUCAGGUCCUUAUUGAAAAGUAUGGUGCUGAUAAGAUUUACUGUACUUUCCAUACACACCACAACUCGUUGGUACUCACUGAUAUCUUCAUGGUGUUCAGCUUGAAAAACUAAAUACUGGGAUCUGAAUUCCACCAUGAGUUAUUUUCUUUGCAUCCAUUUUCUUUAGAUAUCUGACUCGCUAUCUCGGAAAUAUUUAAGUUUCUUCUUCCCGAGCUGAAAAGCUCAGACUGUACCAGUAUAAUGAGCUGUUCUAAUGCCAUCCUCGUCAGCUCAUCCCCAGCUGACCUGACGGCGCAAAUUAGAAAGUCCUGACAGUCAUUUCACCUGACAGCCAAGUGCACCCUGCCGCUACACUGGCUCUGCACCUGAUCCAAUCAGAUUCUCUGCUAACCUGCAGGGAGCCGCUGCCAGCUCUACUUCCCAGAAAGAGAUCAAACACUUACACACACACACACAGCGGCUCAUUGUUCAGGUCUGAAAAUACAUUGAUCUUCAGAAGUAAUAUCAUUCUACAGCUUUUCAACAGGAGGAAAUAGCACAAAUAGCCUUGUUUACCAGAUGAAUAAAUACAUUUGCUCAAUAUACAAAUAUGCCUGCACAUGUCAUGUGAUUAUGUUUCUGUUUUACAUUGUGAGUAACAUCAUCACUGUGCGUAAGAUUUAGUACCAACCAAAGGCUUUAAAGGUGCCGUAUGUGAGAAUUCCGUCAAAUUCAUAUUCUAAACAACUUCAAAGACGGCGACUAACUGCUAACUGUAGCUGCUGUUAGCUAGGGAGCUAAGUUAUCGGUGCAGCUAGUGGACUGAGAGCUCAGGGCCCCAGAGAAGUGUUAGCGUUUGACUGUUGGACUAUCACCUCUUCAGGUACGAAAUAAGUAGGGGCUAGCUUGUUAGCAUCAAUGCGAUACAUAAACGUCUUUGACAUUCCUACAUAUUGCACCUUUAAAGAAAUAAUUCUACAGUUUUGGAAAUUGGCAUAAUCACUUCCUUGAUGCAAUUUGCAAAAAUAUAUAACUCAUGUCGGAACUAUAAAUAUGCUUAGCAUGAAGCUAAAAGGUAACAAAAUCCAACCAUAUCUAAAGUUCAGUUUUUGUACAGAUAAAGCAAACCAAUGCAAUGUGUGCAUUGGCAACUGGUAUGUUGGUUUUAUUACCUUUUGGCGAAGGCUAGUUAGCUUAGUUUACACUAAUCUAAGAUGCCUGAGCUAGUUUGCCUUCAAUGGCUUAUGCUAAGCCAAGCAAACAAUGCAUAUAAUUGUACACUCGUCAAGAAAGUGAAUGAUGGUUCCUAAAAUGUCGAAAACUAAGGUAAAAACUAAAUUAAAGUCAAAAGAAUUAUGUAUUCUGAAGGUGUGUAGGAGCUUCUCAGAUGAACCCAGGGUACGCCAAUAUGCCACCAUGUAAUGACAAGAUCCUGCACUGUGUCACAGCCCAUACGAACCUCAAUGUCACAUUGUUCCCUGCCAAUAUGUGUGCAUUUCCGUCUCCUUGUGCUGUUGAGAACCCCCUCUUAAAGUAAUGUGACCUGUUGUCAGUGUAGUUCUCAGACUUGUCGUCUUGAGUCUUAUUCUUUUCCCUUUUUGUAAGUGUGAAUGUGUGUUUAAGAGUAUGUGACCUCUUGAGAGAAAGCGGACUACAGAUGACGAGGUGUGUGUGGGUGUGCGCAUGUGUGUUUCUCUCUAAAUGUCUUUCUGUGUUUGUACACACCCAUUUUUGUAGGCUAUGGUUGCUUCGUUAACAGCUGCCUCAGGAUCCUAGCCUGUGCGUUAGGGGGAGAAACCAUAUUUUUGUUUCGUCAGCCGUACGCUGACCAAGACGUGGAUGGGCGGGGGACGACACCAGCAUCAUAUAUGUAUAUACAUAUUAUAUACAGAUAUGACAACCUCUAAAAGUAUAGGAAGGUAAAAGAAGACUCUCAAUCCUGUAUUUAUUGUUGUAAAUCCUCAUACAGUGCAAACUGGCAAAAAUCUCAAACAUGUUUUAAGUUGUCUAAUAAAGAAGAAAAAAAAAACCUAUGUUUAAAUAUUGCAAGUGAUAAUGGUAGAUGAUGAGCAAUAAUUUAAAAUAUUCUGUAAUCUUAAUGAAUAAAGAUGUAAAAAUUGUAA